AUGUGGUCUUGCGUUGAACCAGUGGCAUCGAUCGACGAAUCAAUUGUGGGAGUGUUCUGUACCAGUGGGCUGUUGCGGAUUUCCACCCCGAAAACGGUCCUGAAAACUCCAAACAUUAAUGGAAUCUUGCAAAACAAUCGUCUGAUCAUAUCGAUCGAUAAUGCGUUGAUACUGUACGAGGAUGAGAAACGCUGCAAACAGGGCCAGUUUGUUGACGCUGGCUAUCCGGUGGAAGUGAUCGCCGUAUCGACGAGUGGAAAUAUCAUCGUGUGUGGCCUUUCUAACGGUACAAUCGUUGUGCUGCACAUCUCGGGCAUGAUUGUAUUUGCAAUCGAAUUACCGAAUGCCGAUUCAGUAACCGAUGAAACCACCACCUUUGCCGGAAUAUUCGACGAAGGAAAUGGGUGGUUUUUGCUACACACGACAAAGGGAUUGCUGUACAGACUUAUCCUAGAUGAAGCAAAAAUUGUCGAAUCGAUUGCUUCCGGUAGCUACCAGCAGAAAGAUGCGGCAGAGUACGCACAUUACGAGAAGCUGAUUAGAAAGCAGUUUAAAGACCCGAUCGUGUGCUUCAUACCGAUCCGACAGUGCAGUAAUUCCGGAAGGAACGCUUGUCCACUGCCGUUGAUCGCAGCUGCAAACCAGCACUCGAUUUACUUCUACCGUGAGACAAACGUCGAAAUUGUCCCACUGAAACCGGAGUACAAUGGUGUGAAGAAGAUGUUUACCCUGAUGGGAUGCAAAUAUGCAUUAACCUACAGUGGUCAGCUGUUUGAGAUAUGUCCACUAACGAAAUUAAUGUCGGAACUGCCGUGCACGUUUCGUAUCGAGGAGCUUGUAAUACUGGAAGCUACCGGGGAAAUUAUUGAACUGCUCAUCACGACCAAGCCUGACACGAAUGGGAAAAUUCUGAUGAAAAUUGUUAGCUUUCCAUCGAUGGAAAUUCGGCAGGAAAUGGAAAUGUCUGAGCACACCUGGUUAGUGCAGCAGCCAAAAAAUGCGGCCAAUAUCUACUACAUCGCCGGCCUAACCCACCAAGAGCCGGUGGUACAAGAAUUUGAGCUAAAAAUACUGUCAGAAACGGAUCCUUCACUACGGCUCGUUAAGUUGAUCAAAAUCGGCCGCCUGGACGAGGCGGAAGAGUUUGCCAAGCAGUUCGAACUGGACGUGCAGCUUGUGCAUCAGGCACGCGCAAAACUGCUGCUCGAUAGUCUCGGCACAUCGUCCCACGAGGAAGAAACGUUCCGUAAUCUGAUGAAGGUUUUGAUGGACAUAAACGAUCCACUGUUUUUGACAUCCGUUCGGGAUACAAGCAUUGCGAAUAGGAACAUGAAGAAGCGCUUUUUGCAGUUCCUGCUGGGAAAGGUAUCCGCAGCACAGAACAUUGAAAUGGAAUCGGUGAUCGAUAUCAACGAACGGUUACUGCGCAUGGAAACGCUCAAACUGAUCGAUCCGUACGAAAUCGACCAAGACUGGCAGCAGUUUGUAUACCACGACAACCUUCUGCAACUGUGCACCGAGGUUUUCCAAAAGGAUAUGGACGCAGCGUGCUUAAUAUGGUCACGGCAUAUUGCCUGCAUUCUUCCGCAGCUCGACGACUCCAAGGUGGCUUUGCUGUUGCGUGCCAUCCCGAAGGAAACGUCCCCACUGCACGUCGUCCAGUGGUUGCUUCAUUUCGUCAGUCCCAUCCUGCACCAUCAGCCACAGCUAAUGCAUCUUCUUGUGCAGUUUAUCGUAACACGCACUAAAUCCUUCCAAAAGCUAGCCGGUUGGCCCAUGAUCGGACUAACGUUUAUCGAGGAUGUGAUCAAGCUGCUACAGGAGGUAAAAUUCCCGCUGGUUGAUCUGCGCCUCCAGUACGACAGCAACAUGGAGGAAUUGCAGCGGAUGGCACAUGCUUUGCGCGAUCUCGUCACCCUGAAGCAACAGUUCAAUCUGCAGGCAAGCCUCGAUUGUUACAUGCAGGAGGAUGUUAAUAGUACCGCGUUCCGGUUGCUACAGAUUACACCGCUCAAUUUGCUUUCUCGCAUCGUCACAGAGUUUUUGUACAAAUUUUUCAUCGGCAAGGAACAGCUACUGUACGAUCAGAUCGUACGGUAUGUGAUGUUUCUGCUUGCCAAUCAGCACAACAGCUUCUGGGAUCAGCGCUGUGUUACGCUGGUCGAGCUGCUGUACGAUGAACCACUCCAGCUGCAGACGGUGCUGGCUAUUUUGCGAGCUGCACCCGUACCGUGGUCACCGGCCGUUAGUUCUCUGAUGCGGUACGCUUCAAGUGAUCUCCCGAUUGCGGCUGAAAUUACGACGGAACAGAACACGCAGACGAUCAAGUGUUUGAAGGUGAAGUAUGGUUGGAGUAUGAAGGCUCUGAUCAAUACUCGGCUGCUGGUGCAGCGUGUACUGAAGCUUCACUAUCCGGAGAUGUUGGCCGACAUACAGGCGAUCGUGAAAACUAAUCCGACGUUAGCGUUUACGACGGAUGUGAGCGUAAUGGUGAAGUUGGCCGAGUAUGGAGACGUUAUUGCGGCCGCACAGUAUCUGGACGGGUUGGAAAAGAAGCGGCGGGAUGAAUGCUGCCGGAGCAGUAUUGCAAUGAUGAUUCGCAUGAUCGAUGGAGGAAAACUUUCAAAUGACAUGUCAACGGCGUACCUGGAAGCCCUGACCAUGCUGAAGCGUCGUGCCACCCCUGACCAACAAACGGCCAUCCAACAGAUCGCCAACAUCGUGCAACUUCGUACCGAGUUUGGAUUGUCCGUGUCCUGUCUCAGCUACGGCAACCCAACCGAACGCAACGGCCUCCUACUCAACGGCAUUAAAUACAUUCUACACAAGCUUCAACCGAAUCGUGACCAGUUUCUCGAUCUGUUGCUGGGUGCAUUAAGACGCCUCUCAUCCCUGUUGGGCAUUCAUCUACUCGACUCGCUGUACGAAGUGAUGGCUCUCCUGAAGAACGUCCAUCUGAGCUGUCUGCUAGCGGGACAGCUUGUCGAAAUGACCGAUCUACGGCAACCGGGAGCCUUCCUUUCGGUGCAUCGGAUCGUUUCACUGCUGCUCGCGCAGCAGAUGCAAAGUAUGCAGUCAAGUGAGUGUUACGCCUGGAUGGAGGAUCCAUUCACGUUUCCCGUAUGUCGUGAGCUACUGUAUCAAACGGCAACUGACUGUCCGAAGCAAGUAGCUGUCCGGUUGGAGCUACUGCGCUGGAUUAAACUCGGUGCCCGGUGCUAUCCGGUAGGCAUCGAGGAAGAAUUUGGCAAACGUACCACCAUGCCGGAAACGGUUUUUAGCACCAUCUACGCACAGCUAGCGGACGAUGGUUUGACUAAACAGAAUGGCAUCAAUGGUGUACUACCUCCCAAGGGUACCAAGCGCGAAUCACUCUCAACGUUCGAUGUAGUAAACGAUGAUUUCAAUCAGGUCAGUGUGCCCCGCAACAGGCACGUACAGGAACAGGAAACGAUCGUGCAAUGCGUUGGGUUGGCACUACAGAUGGUGCUAAUGCGUGUGAAAGGUGAUACACGGUCGAAUGGCACAUUCGCACAUUUGCUAUCACUGAUCGGACACCAGGAUGAGGUAGCCGUAUCUACCACUUUUCAGACCACUCUUGAUGGAUUGAUUCGUGCGAAGCAGUACCCACCGGUUAUCGGAAUUGUGCACAUGUUGCGAUCGUACCAAUCAACAGUUGGACUGCUAAUUCCCACCCCGUACUCAGAGAAUAUUUGCCGCAAGGCGAUCAAGUACAUGCUCUCGCAAAAGGAACCAAACUACAGCAGUGCCAUCAUGACACUCUUUACAUGCGAACAACGUGACGCCUGUCUGGAGUAUCUGCAAAACAAUCUGACGAACGAAUCGCAACGCAUCGCACUACACACGAUGCUCGAGUUCUACUACUUCACCAUCGGCCAGGAAGGAAAAGCAGUCGAGGAGCGUAACCAGCGGCUCCGCUACACCCUGUUUUACGAACUGUGCAAACUCGACCCAUCGCUCAAGGCUAAGAAAUCCUUCAUCUUCCACUCGCAGUCUGAUCUGAUGAAAGAACUCAAGCAAAAGGUGAUCAGCGUUAAGCUGUUGCGCAAGUUAAGCGACGCCUUCGGUUGGGACUAUCAGCAGAUGCUCGUAUCGCAGGUGAUCACACUUUUGAGUCAGCAGGAGCUGACCUUUACCGUGCGCACGGAUCCGUACGGUCAGGAAGUGGUCGUUAUAAAUCAAAACGCAGAAACGAUGCUGGCACAGGUGCAACCGUACUUGGCAGAGAUUGACAACCAUGUACUGCUCUGCACGAAGCUUACGAAGUACAUGGAGCAGGCGAACGGCUACUUUUACGAGCAGUUCUUCUGCAUCCUCGAGAUACUGUCCCAGUACAGCGAGACAAAGGAAGACACUGCGAGCUGGAGCACUAUGCUGAACUUCUUGACGAAUCAACUGACCGGACGCCGUCGGCAACGUCCAGGGCAGGCCGAACUGGAAGCUUGGACGCGGCUACAUUCGGACGGUGAUAUGUUGCCAGAGAUUGCCAAGUAUCGGUACCCGUUCAUGCUGAUACUGCGCCAUCCGUUGAAGGUACUGCUGAAGGAGGACAUUUCGAUCGAGAACUAUCACAAACUGCUGAUACUGGUGUCGAUGAAGGCGUCGGCGGAAGGUUUGGAUGGGCAAGAGAUGAACGAUUACUUCUGCCGAUCGGCCGUUAUUAAUUCGCUGAACGAGUACAAGAUACAGAAUAGAGAAAAAUCGCAACACUCCGAAUGGCACCGACAGUCGAAGAACAAAGCUUUUCUCCAAUCGAUACUUCGCAUCGUCGACAGUGUGUGUGAUUUAUCGAUCAAGCUCUACAUCCUGUAUUACAUCACUUGCAACGCGCUCGAUGGUGACGAUCAGGUGAGUGCUGCGUACGCGUGCUAUCAGUUUGCACGCAAGCAUGAGUCGAGCCUGAUCGGCAACCCGGAAGCGAAGGAUAAGAUCGAAAAGAUCUAUCGCAAGUAUCCUGUGCUAAAAACGCAACAGUUGCUCCAGCAGAACGGUGUUACGGAUGAGAAACAGUACCAGCUGGUGAAGAACCCGCAGGAACUGAUCCAGGCACUGUACACCGAGUCUUGCUUCCAGAAGGUGAACGUCAACGAGCUGGCCACCAUUAUCGGUCAACUGCACGAUUUGGACGUGGAAGCGAUCCAGAUGGGACUGUUGCAGAAAUGGCUCACGAUGUUCGGUGGUUCGGGUAUGGUGGCGGCUGCCGCCGAUGGGUUCAGCAACGGUAGUGGAAUGCUAGAGGAAACGCUCUACGAUGAUCAUAACAUGUCCGAUGCGAGCCAGGAAGAUGAAUCGAACGUGCACGAGUGUAUGGCACGUGCGUACUACAUCCUUAGCAGCUGGCAGCGUUCGAAGAGUGUCGAGUUUCUUGUGGCGGAACUUAACUCCAGCCUGGACGCGUCACAUGGUGCAUUGGACGUGAGCAAACAGUUGCAGAUCUAUCAAUGCUUUAGCAAGCUGGUCGACGAUAACUGUACUACGUACCGGGAGUUCUUUACCCAACGGCGGUACGUUGCGCUCAAGUGUGUCCAUCUGCUAAAAACGCUCGGCAUGCAUACGAUUUCGGUUGCACGGUUUGAAGAGGCGGACAAAAUGGCGAUGCUUAAAAUGCUGUGGCAAUCGCACGCCACCAAUCCGAAGGGACUCGAGGUGUUGGCGCUCAUCUGCAUCGGGUACGACAUCUACGUGCCACAGAUCUGGAACGGAAUUCUCAAGCAGAUGGCACGAUUGGGAUUGGUGGGACAUUUGCGUGCGCUGAUAGAUAUUGUCACUGCUCACCGGCAGCUCUUUGGGUUGGAAGGAUACCGGAUGGCUUGGGAGUUGCUUAUAAAGGAACCGUUCCGUAGUGCCAAUAGGGAACAGUCGCUAACGGAGGAUGCACUGCUCGCUCGGUCGCUGGUGAUGGUGCAAAAGUGUCCGAUUUCGUUCCGGCUAAAUUUGAUUGAGAUUGCAGACGUUUGUGUGAACGUGAAUCGAAUCAAUAUGGCUGCCAUACUGCUAGGAUUUUGUGACGAAGAGCAACGGGAAACACUCAAGAAGCUAAUUACAACGAUUGCUGUCCCUAACUUGCACGAUCAAAUACGGGAACUGGAAGAGUUUGGGCUAGCCACAACGAUCACGAAAGCUGUUUGCCGGGAACUCUUGGAAUAA